AUGUUGUGGAGUAUGGAGAGAGUGGGAUGUAGGUAUUGGAAUGGCCAGUUUAGCGGUUUUCUCGGCAUUGACAUUGAGUACGUCAAACCCAACGAAUUCGACAAACUCUCCAAUCUCAUCGCCACCUGGGAAGUGUUAAGACUGAUAUCGAGAUCGGAUGAAGAUACUAAAGAAGUUUUCAGAUUCCUCUCUGGUAUAAUUUUGCUAGAUUAA